GGUAUUUAAUAUAACAAUUCGAAGAAGCGUGCCAAUAGCCUCUCUCUCUCUCUCUCUCUCUCUCUUCAAUACAAUAAACGCGUCAGUGGUUUUGAAGAAAGAGCCAAUUAAACGCUUUUGAAAUUCAAAAAAACCCGACGGAUUCAACAAAGAAAAACAGAGAGAAGAAAAGAAAUGGUAGGACCAGAGAGGCCACAGUUCGUGCUCUUUGGAUCAUCAAUAGUUCAGUUCAGCUACAGCAAUGAAGGUUGGGGUGCUCUUCUUGCUCACAUCUAUGCUCGCAAGGCAGAUAUAAUAUUGCGAGGAUAUUCGGGUUGGAAUUCAAGGCGUGCGGUGCAGAUUCUUGACCAAGUUUUUCCAAAGGUGUCUUCUUUUUGUCACCAACAGGGAGACCUGAACCAGAGUAGUCUUAGCUUAAAGAAUUUUCCAGCGGAUGCUGCCAAACAACCUUCUUUGGUAAUAGUCUAUUUUGGCGGUAACGAUUCUACCCACCCUCAUGCAACUGGACUUGGUCCUCAUGUACCACUUUCUGAGUACAUUGAGAAUGUCAGGAAGAUUGCUAUACAUCUCAAGAGCCUUUCGGAGAAGACUCGCGUCAUCUUUCUCACCGCUCCUCCUGUCAGUGACGAACAAAUUCGUGCCCAUCUGGGUGAUCUAUUAGAUAUGGUUAGAACAAAUGAGUCCUGCCGGAUAUAUUCAGAAGCAUGUUUAGAGGUGUGCCGUGAGAUGAACCUGAAGGCAAUUGAUCUUUGGACUGCAACGCAGCAAAUUGAUAAUUGGGAAACUGUUUGCUUGACGGAUGGAGUCCAUUUUGCACCGGAGGGGAGCAAGAUAGUCGUCAAGGAGAUUCUGAAAGUCAUCAAAGAGGCCAACUGGGAACCAAGUCUUCAUUGGAAGGCAAUGCCUACUGAAUUUUCUGAGGAUUCGCCGUAUGAUCCGAUCAGUCCUGAGGGAAAGACCGUAAAUGUCUCUGAGCUUGAUUUGCUCGGAAGUUUUCAGUGGGAAUAGAACCCAACAAUCACUAUUUAUUUUUUCCCUUUACUGGGAGGUGCGUCAUCUUGAUGUUUAACCGUAUCAUUCUGGAUAUUUUCAUCACCACAUACUAAAACAUAAACAUAGCUUUCAGAUCA